UAUAUUAUUGUUGUGAAUGGUGUAAUUUAGGCAUUUGAUUUGCCUAGGAUGGACAUGUUUUUCCCCUCAUCGGACUUCCACAUGCCUAGUUAUUGUCAUGUGAUCCCUUUUUAUCCAAUCAGGGGCUUGGUACGGGUUUUUUUUUUUCCUUCCUCCAUUAGGUUUGAAUCGGUUAGCCGUACGUGUCGCAAGAAAGCUAGCAGUGGGGACGUUCGUGGAAUACUUGCUAACGAAGUGCAGUGGAAUUGUAUGUGUAUACUGUCUUCAAGUUAUUUUAUUGGCAAUAUGUCACACAAACAAAUCUACUACUCAGACAAAUAUAACGACGAACACUAUGAAUACAGACAUGUUGUGUUGCCGCGGGAGAUGGUGAAACAAGUCCCCAAAUCCCACCUGAUGUCUGAGGAUGAGUGGAGGCGAAUGGGAGUGCAGCAGUCUCUUGGAUGGGUGCACUAUAUGAUCCAUGAACCUGAGCCUCACAUUCUGCUGUUUAGGCGACCACUUCCGAAGAACUGAUCUAUGCAUUCCUUAGAACAUUCCUUCCUGUCAACGUUCUGUGGUAUUCAUUGAAUACUUGCUCCCCUACCCAAGUUAUAUUGUCUGCUGUGCAUGAAGCUGUAGUUGUCUCAGCAACCAAGCUCAGUCUGAUUGCAUGGAAGAGGUGAACGUCCUGUCUGUCACUGUGGCAUUGUGGAAUUUAAGGGUUGAUAUACGUCACAAAUAUGUUGCUACAAGUACUACACUAAUACCAAAGUGCCUACGAUGACAUCAACCCUUUUGACCAAGUGUUGAAAUAAACAUGUUGUUUUUUCUGUACUUUAAUAUAAUUGUUGUAUGACCUUCACAAAUGGCUCCAUACGCUCACUUUUCUAUGACUAUUGAUAUGUACUGUGUUUUCUAUUUUGUAACUGAAUGGAUUUAUAAGUAGAUGCACCAGACGGUAUUGACUAGCUUUUGUACAUAAAAAUCCACUCUGAUUGAAAGCACAGUAAAGGUGGUGUUUGCCUGGAUAAUGUACUUGUUCCAGGUUCUCCAAAGUGCUUGUUUUCUAUUCACUGUCCCUCUAUCCACUGACGUGCAGGCAGUAGCCAGCCAGGCCACACGUUUAUUUUUCUGCUCACGUAUUAGUGAUCAAAACUGUUGAUAGAGCCGCACAGCCUCUGAACUGCACCACUAAUGAACCACAUGAGGAUGUGAUCAGUCUGUAAUGCAAAACGGAUCAUUUGUGAUUGACAACCAGCCCCAUUUCUUGGUAUCACUUAACAGAAUGGUAUGAAGGAAGAUUUAAAUGUUUAUCACCUUUUGAGCCUAAAUCAACCUGUGGCAUUUGGCUGUUGUCUUUUUUGAAUGUCAUGACUUUUGAUGAGAAUAAAUAUAUAUUUUGAAAUGGU